CCCUGCAUCUCAACCGGCAUUUAUGGUUUUCCAAAUGAGCCUGCUUCUGUCAUUGCCCUCAGCACCAUUAAGGAAUGGCUGGCCAAGAACCAUCACGAGGUGGAUCGGAUCAUCUUCUGUGUCUUCUUAGAAGUUGACUUCAAAAUCUACAAAAAGAAAAUGAGCGAGUUUUUCCCUGCAGAUGAUAAUAAUGAAGAAGAAGGUGUUGACAUGAAAGAAGAUUCAGAGGGGUUAGAGCCAAAAGGCCUCUCUCCACCCCACAAGAAGAGCAAAGCAAAGAAGCCAGAAUGUUCCAAAGACUCUAGUGAGGACGGUGUCAGUGCUGCAACUGGGCCCCGCCCUGCUUCAGAAGAGGCCAUUGAAGUCUGUAAAGAUGAAGAUUCUGCAAAGGACAAUAUUACAAAAGACAAUGAAGUGACAGAUCAUUCUGUGUGUGACCAAGAUCAUCCUAAUGGACAAGAGCAUGAUUCAACGAAGAAUGAAAUAAAAAUUGAGGCAGACUCCCAGAGCUCAUAUAUGGAAACAGAAGAGCUCUCACCAAACCAGGAAGAUGACACGAUUGUGGAGCAACCAGAAGUGAUCCCUCUAACAGAUGACCAAGAAGACAAAGAAGGUGAAAAAGCUCAAGGCGAGGACACACCUAGAGUUCCUGUGCAAAGUGAAGGCCCUGGCUACACAGAAAACUCUCCAAGUCCUGAUGUUGAAAUGAAUAGUCAGGUUGACAGUGUAAAUGACCCAACAGAGAGUCAGCAAGAAGAUUAACUAAUAGGGGCACAAGAUAAAGCAAAGGA